CUUAAAUCGAGAAGCGAAUCGACCUUGCCGCGCUGAGACUUACAUCAGUAAUACCGAAUUGUCAACUAAUCCCUGUUAAACGGUUUGCUAUGGUGUGGUCAGGACCCGCCUAUUAAGCUGCCAAUCCCGCAUUUCGCACCCUGUAAUUCAAAACGACAGUGGACUCGGUUGUUCGGCAACCCCUGUAACGCGAUACUUAAACAGAUUCAAGCUGUCUUUUACUUCUCAGCUUCCAGCUUCCUUUCGGCUUCCAUCGCGGCCAGUGAAAACUCGUUUCUCUUACCUAAUGUGUAACUUCACGUUUAUAUAAACUAAAUCAGCUAGAUCAACUUCAACUCCCGUUCUAGGCUGACGGUCGGCUAAAAUAGCAGCAAAUACGACGUCUUGUACGGCAUUCCGCCCUCCGGGUUACGUCUGGUAUAAUCACUUUCCCUAUAUGGAACUUCUCCAUCCCCGUUCUAUUCUAGAAUCCACCCAUCGCCGUUAAUCUCGGACGUUCUUUAUUUCUAAAAAAGAGAAGAAAAGAAGGAAUCCUACCGCCUCAAAUCCUCCGUCCAUGAUCGAGUCUCCUUAUCUUUCCCUGAUGCGAAAAAUUACUCAUUGUAAACGGCGGAAAUUUGGGUGGCUCCCGUCACAUGCCUUUCGAAGCUUGGCAUGGCAUCUUUGAGUGGUCGUCCUAGGCGGUUUUCAUCUAGCGAUUCGCCAUUCCCUGAACUUCAUGUUGAAAAUGGCCGAUUUAGUAAUUUCGACGGUAUAGAUGGUCGUGGCUCUCGAGAUACUGCAGUGGACGAUGAUGAUAUUAAAGACGCCGAAGCAGGCGAAAAGUUAUUAGAAAAGUUGACCGGAAAUCAGACUAUUCGGAACUCCCCCAAAAACAGCAUUGGCUGGGCCGGACUUUGGAUAGCAGUUAACACUCUAGCUACGAUAGGCAUUGUCUUUACAAACAAGGCCAUCUUCUCUGAUCCCUCGUUAAAGCUUGCGCAGUUAACAUUUGCCGCCUUCCAUUUUUUCAUGACAUGGCUAUUCCUAUUCACAUUGUCACGGCCUCGGUUCGCUUUCUUUAGCACUCGCCGUAUUCCUCUUCGAGAGAUCAUUCCUCUUUCUGUUGCCAUGUCACUUAAUGUUAUUCUCCCGAAUCUGUCCUUGGCUUUCUCGACCGUCACUUUCUAUCAAGUUGCAAGGAUCUUGCUUACCCCAACUGUUGCGACUAUGGACUUCGUCUUAUACAAAUCCAUAUUACCUCGUAACGCACUCGUGGCUCUUAUUCCCGCUUGCUUGGGGGUUGGUAUGGUUUCCUACUAUGACUCGCUCCCUACAAAAGAUGCCAGCGUCAAAACUACAUCGGGCUUAGGUGUGGUAUUUGCCUUUAGCGGUAUAUUCGCCUCAUCACUAUACACAGUUUGGAUCAAAAGUUACCAGCGAAAGCUACAGGUGUCGAGCAUGCAGCUACUUUUCAACCAAGCUCCUGUCUCAGCAUUUCUUCUACUUUACGCCAUUCCUUUUGUUGACAUGUUUCCCACGUGGACCGAAGUGCCUGCCAGCCGGUGGUUCAUGAUCUUAAUGUCUGGCAUAUUCGCAUCUUUGAUCAACCUAUCACAGUUCUUUAUCGUUGGCCAUACAGGUCCAGUUUCUAGUACAGUUGUCGGGCAUCUAAAGACUUGUCUCAUCGUGGCACUUGGCUGGGCUACAUCUGGUAGAUCAGUCGGUGACAAGUCAAUCAUAGGUGUCUUUAUCGCAAUAGGGGGAAUCAUCACAUAUUCAAUCGUCAUGCUUCGGCAUGCAACUCGGAGUCAUGGGAGGGGUCUGUGAUUUUUUUUUGGGAGGUUUUGCAUUUUCAGGAGUUGGAAAAUAUCUAUCUAGGCACAUUCGGGUAAAGGAACCUCGUGAUCGUUUUUGGAUAGGGAUAACCCGGUGGCUUCAUGGUUCCAGGCGUUACGGAUAUGCUACAAAUAGCUAUGGUCUACGUACCAUUAUUGGAUUGCGAUCAUUAGGAUACCUGGUAUUUCGAGGUAGGCUAUAAGCAACUCAAGCUUGUGAUAUUUAUCAUAAUUACAUUCACAUA